AUGGCCUCCUCAGAAAUCGCCCAAUGCCUGUCUGCCACACUCUCAUCCGACACAAACACGCGAAUUGCUGCUGAGCUGAAGCUGGGAGGUCUGCUGAAAGUGCCAGAGGCCGCGCUCGGGUUAUCGCAGCUCAUAUUGACUUCUAAUGCCGACUUGUCUUUGCGGCAGAUGAGUUUGACGCCUGCGAUCGUUCUGAGGAAAUACGUCAACGAACACUGGUCUCCCUACUUCUCACAGUUCAAGGGCUCCGCACCACCACCUGAGAUCAAGACGCAAAUUCGCCAGGCCGUGUUCCAGGGCCUGUCCGACCCCAUUCGUAAAAUCCGCUCUCUAUGCGCCCAUACGCUUUCCUCGAUAGCGAACUGCGAUUGGCCGGAUGAAUACCCCGAUCUCCUCAACUCACUCAUCGGCCUCCUCUCUUCCCUCUCUCCCGACUCUGUGCAUGGAGCUAUGCAGGUCUUCACAGAGUUCAUCAAGUCUGACAUCACAGAAGACCAGCUACUUCCCGUCCUACGUCAACUCCUCCCAGUCCUCCUCAACAUUUUAGGCGCGCCCGAUCAACACUCCGCCAUCACUCGCUCAAGAACCAUCUCAGUUUUCCGACAAUGCGUCGAGUCCCUUUACAUGGUAAAGGACCAAUACCCUGACGCUGUCAAGGAGGCCACUGCGACGGUCCUCCCUGUGUGGCUUGAUGCCUUCAAAAUGCUUCUCAACGUCAACCCCUACUCCGACGUUGAGGACACUUCAAACUGGGACGGCCUGGCCGUCCGUAUCCAGGUUUACAAGACCCUCGACACAAUGCAAACGUCGUUCCCGCGCGCACUCACGCCGUAUCUGAAAGAUUUUCUCUCUGCUUCCCUCAACCACCUUUCCGCUCUCUUCCCGACGUUCAACUACUACUACCUCCGGUCCAUUGCACCCGUGCCCCGUUCGAGUGAGGAUGAGACAAUCGAGCUCACACAGCUUGUAUGCCCCAUGCUCGACUUCGUCGCGAAUGUUGCUCGCUCGGGCAAGGCGAAAGACUGGUUCACGGGUCAGAACCUGACUAGCCUCAUCAGCGGCGUUUUCAACUGGGUGCAAAUGACUAGUGAUGAUGAAGAUGAAUGGGCUAGCAACGCGAAUGCGUUCGUCGCCCAGGAGUCUGAUGACACGCUUUCGUACAGCGUGCGCAUGGCCGGAUUCGACCUUCUCGCCGUUUUGGUCGAGAGGGCACCUGUGCCUGCCGUGACAACGUUCCAGUCCACCAUCCAUCGCGUUGUUGUUGAAUCAGAGAAAGCACGAAACUCUGGAGAUGAUAACUGGUGGCGCGCCCUUGAAGCCUCGCUCGCUGCUAUCGGCUCGCAGGCGGAGGACGUACUUGACGUCAUCGACGACGAGCGUGAAUCAGGACGCGCGAAGCCCAUCGAUAUUGAGUCACUGCUCACUAACGUCAUCCCGAACUUCCUGGUCCUUUCCCAGUUCCCGUUCUUGCAGGGUCGUGCGUUUGUAUUCGCGAGCCAGCAUGCUAAACUGCUACCAGCUCAGCUGGCAGGUCAAUAUCUCGAUGCGGCCGUUCAGGUUCUCGAGGCCUCGGAAGCAGGCGUCCCGGUGAAGGUCUCUGCUGUGAAGGCUAUCCACAACUUCUGCCAGAACAUCGACGACGCGGUCGCAGUGCCCAUGGCUCCCCGCAUUGCCAAAGACAUCGGACCCUUCCUGCCUGUGACAUCGGAGGACACCCUGACGCUCGUUCUCGAGACACUUGCGGUAGUUGUCCAGAUCGACGAAGGCAAAUGGAUUACGGAGGAUCUUGCUCGCUCCAUUGUCGUGGCCGUCCUGGACGUAUGGAUGAAGAAUAACAACGACCCCAUCUUCAUCUCUAUUCUCACCGACGUGCUGGAGUCGCUCGCCUCCUCACCCGCACCUGGAAUAUACCUGACUGUCGUGCGGCAAGCGUUGCCAGCACUCUGCAACGCGAUUAUGUCAUCCACCGCGGUCGACUCAUGGGUGGCGAGUGCGGCCAUCGAACUCGUGAGCAGCCUCGCAAGCGGCGCUCCGGAGACUGGCCUCGGAGAGGGUUUCUUUGCCAUGCUCGCACCAAGUCUCUUCUCGUGUCUCCGUACGACGGAAGAUCGGGAUGUCAUUCAGAACGGCAUUGCGUGCCUUACCCUGCUUAUCCGCAAGGACGUCAACCAGCUCGUUUCUUGGUCGGACCCCGCAUCUGGCCAGUCGGGCCUCGAUGGCGUCCUGGCAGUGAUCGCGAAGCAGCUGCAGAGCGAAGACGAGUCCGGCGGACUCGUCAUUGGCGACCUGAUCAUCCAUCUCCUGCGUCGCGCAGGCGAGGCAGUGCUUCCCGUUCUGCCCCAGCUCCUCCAGGCGAUGGUAACGCGCAUGCUGACAGCGAAGACCGCGACGUUCCUGCAGAGCCUGAUCAUCCCCUUCGCGUUCCUGAUCCACAACCAACGCGACACGGUGCUCACGCUUCUCGAGGGCACGAACGUCGCCGGCCGCUCCGGGCUCGACAUCCUCAUCCAGACGUGGUGCGAGAACGCGGAGACGUUCCAGGGCUUCUGGCCGACGCGCAUUUCCGCGCUCGCGCUCACUUCCCUCUUCGCGAGCGAGCGCCCGAGCCUGCAGCAGCUCGUCGUCAAAGGUGACAUCAUCGUCAAGCCGGAGACGAAGAACGUGAUCAUGACGCGCUCGAAGACGAAGCAAUCUCCCACGGAGUUCACGUCGGUAUCGUUCCCGGCGAAGGCGCUUAAGCUGCUCGUGCACGAACUGCAGUCGGGUGGUGAGGCGGCGUCGAUGGGCUUCAACGACGCGGACGUUGCCGAGCUUGAUUCCGACGAUGGGGACGAAGAGUGGACCGAGGAAGAGAAGCUGCACCAGGGCUUCAAGGCGGACGAGUUCGCAUUCCUGUCCGACAUGCUCGGCCCGCGCGGUAUGGCGUUCGACAAUGACGACGCUCUCGAGGAGAACGAUGACGAGGACCUGAAGAACGACCCCGUGUCGACGAUGGACAUGCAGGCGCAUCUGCUGGGCUUCCUCAAGGAGUGCGCCGCGCGGAAUACGGGCAACUUCUCCGCGGUGGUCGAGCAGCUCAACCCUGAAGAGAUCGUGGUCGUGCGCAAGGCGGUGAGCGGGCAGUAGACGCGAAUGAAAGCAGUACGAUUUUGGUUGGAAUGACCCCACGUUGAAGACUGUAUAAUGUCAUAUGAGAUACUCACGUUUUAAGACAGAUGAG